AGGGAGUAUCAGCUCUCAUCUGGAGGAAGAAGAGAAGGAAGGAGAGAGACAUGGAGAAAAGGAUGAGGAGGAGGGGUCCAGGAGUGGCUGUGUCUGAAUUGUCAGAUGCAGAGAGCUCUUGGCAUUGAUAUGACCACGCCUCGCUCUAAGAGCCAACAGCAGAUUCACUCCCCAUCCCACCAAGCCAAGCCCAUCGUCCAGCCUCAGCAGCCCACACCUCAGCCAAUAAAACCGGCAGCAGCAGCACAGCCCAAACCUUUGGCACAGAGUCAGCCCACCCAGCGGCAGCAGCAGCAGCCGCAACAGCCCCAACAGCAGCCUCAGUCUCAGCCCUACGGCCAGACUCAACCCUACUCCCAGUCUCAGCCUUACAGCCAAAAUCAACCCUACUCCCAAUCCCAGUCUCAGCCAUACGCCCAGUCUCAGCCAUACUCCCAGUCCCAGCCCCAGUCUCAGCCAUUCUCCCAGCCCCAGUCCCAGCCCUACUCCCAGCCAUACUCCCAGUCCUACUCCCAGCCCCAGUCCCAGCCCUACUCCCAGGCCCAGUCCCAGCCAUACUCCCAAUCUCAGCCAUACUCCCAGCCCCAGCAGUAUCCCCAGUCUCAGCCCCAGUUGUACCCUGCAUCCAAGCCAGGACCCCAAAAUCAGCCUCAUACUUCCCCAGGAUUGCAGAGACAACCAAACCCUGGCGGCCAACAGACCGAGACUGGGUCCUUUCAGCAGGGCAUGAAGUCCGACCAGUACUCCCAGAGAGGCCCUGGAGCUCCAGGAGCUGCUGGAGGUCUCACAGGAGGCCUUAACCAGCCUGGGGGUCCAAGGAUUCCCCAUCCUGGAGCUGUGCCUCUCCCUGGCAUGACCAAGGCACCGUCACAGCCCGAUUUGGGUCACGGUUCUCCGAUGCACCAGUCUGUAGCGCGUCACCAUGACCAGACCAGGAGCGCUGGUUCAUCCCCAGCCCACAGACCUCAGAGUCAGGCCCCUCCUCCUGCCCAGGACGGCCUGACCAAACUUUUUGGCUUUGGGGCAUCGCUGCUCAAUCAGGCCAGUACCCUGAUCAAUGUUGACCCGCUAGCCGGCGCUUCCACCCAGCCAAGCCCUGCACGGGGCAAGGUGGUGUUCAGUAAUACGACUGCUGACAACAAGCAACAGCAAGGAACCCCUGCCACCAAACCAUUCAGUAUGGGGGGCCCUCAUGCGCCGAGUCAAAUGGGUGGCCCUCAUGUGCCGAGUCAAAUGGGUGGCCCUCAUGCCCCCACUCAAAUGGGUGGCCUUAAUGCGCCCACUCAAAUGGGUGGCCCUCAUGCCCCCAGUCAUAUGGGUGGCCCUCAUGCACCGGGUCAAAUAGGUGGCCCUCAUGCGUCAGGUCAAAUGAGUGGCCCCCAUGCACCCAGCCAAAUGGGGGGUCCUAGGAUGGGUGGACCGCAAGCACCAUCUCAGAAGCAGCAGACCACGUCGCAUCAACAUGGAAUGCCCCAACAGCAGUCGCCCGCACACCAUCAAAAAGGGCCGCAAGGACAACAGCAUCAGCAAACACCUGCUCAUCUGGAGAAAGCGCUGCAGAAGCAGGCGCCCGUGGUGGCACCCAAGACUGCUCCAGAGCCUGAGAAGCCAAAAGUGAACUGUCCUCUUUGUAAAACGGAGCUGAACAUCGGCAGCUCCGACCCGCCCAACUACAACUCCUGUACAGUGUGUCACAGCCAAGUGUGCAACCUGUGUGGCUUCAACCCCACGCCACAUCUGGUGGAGCACACCUCAGAAGAGGAAUCAGGAAACCAUGGAGCGCAAGAGAAAGAGAGAGAUAAGGUGAGAGAGAAAGGGCAGGAAGAUAAGAGGUGGGAAAAAAGGGGAGGAGGGAGUGAUAAGGACACAUGA